UAUAUAUAAACCACCUUCCCUUCACUUUCUCCUUAGAUAACCCUUCUUCACCGAAUACUUCGCUUUCUCCGGAUAUAUUUAUAUAUCUCUAAACCCUCUUCUCCGCAGGAUACCAAAAGAUGAUAUUAUUAGUUUCCCUGAGAAACAAAGCUUAAUAUCGAGCUCUUUUUCCUAAUUUUCCGACGAAAGAUUCCGACUUUAAUUUUGUUUGAAGCUUAAUUUAUCACCAUGUGGGUUGUAAAUAUACUUUUCCUUUUGUUCUUGGUUCCUUGCUUUUUAUUUCUUGUUAGAUUUAUCCUGUACAGAACAGCUUUGAUUUUUGUUUUGCGGAAAUGGGCAAAUUGGGUCGAUGACAGAAUUCACGUUCACCAGUAUCUUAAAGUUGCAGAGCUGAAUGAAAAUGGCCAGGACAAUCAAUUUUACCGGAGAGUUUCCCUUUAUGUCAAUUCUUUGCCAUCAGUCGAAGAUUCAAACUUCACCAAUCUAUUCUCCGGUAAAAAAUCUACUGAUAUCAUCUUAUCUUUAGACGACAAUCAGGUAAUUGAAGACGAAUUCCUCGGAGCCAGAAUUUCCUGGGUAAACAAAGUUGAAAGAUUUAAUAAUGGAGUUUGUAACCGGAGUUUCUUGCUGAGGAUUAAGAAGAAAGAUAAGCGCAGAAUUCUCCCUCCAUAUUUUCAGCAUAUUCAUACAGUCUCUGACGAUAUCGAACAGCGAAGAAGAGAAUUAAAAUUGUUCAUAAACAAUGGGCCGUCCGAAAAUCCCAUAAAGGGACGGUGGAGAUCUGUUCCAUUUACACAUCCUGCGACUUUGGACACCAUAGCUAUGGACACCGACCUCAAAAACAAGGUAAAAUCCGAUCUUGAAACGUUUACCAAAUCCCAAAAUUACUAUCACAAAAUGGGCCGUGCUUGGAAGCGUAAUUACCUUCUGUACGGUCCCUCUGGUACUGGAAAAUCAAGCUUCAUUGGCGCCAUGGCGAAUUUCCUGAACUACGAUGUUUACGACGUUGAUUUAUCUAGGGUUUCUGAUGAUUCUGAUCUCAAACUCCUUUUGCUACAAACCACAAGCCGAUCCUUAAUCGUAAUCGAAGAUCUGGAUCGUUUGAUCAACGAGAAAUUAAUUACCACAAGUUUUUCUGGGUUGCUUAAUUUUAUGGAUGGUAUUGUAAAUUCAUGUUGUGGCGAUGAGAAGAUUAUGGUUUUUACAAUGAACAGCAAAGAGCAUAUUGAUCCAGUGAUGUUAAGGCCUGGUAGAAUUGAUGUACACAUACACUUCCCUUUAUGUGAUUUUAAUUCUUUUAGGUCUUUAGCGAAUAAUUAUUUGGGUGUAAAGGAGCACAAGCUGUUUCCGCAAGUGGAGGAGAUUUUCCAGAGCGGCGCAACCAUGAGUCCGGCUGCGAUUGGCGAGUUGAUGAUGGUCAAUCGGAGCUCCCCGAGCAGGGCUUUGAAGUCCGUCAUCACGGCGUUACAGUCUAACGGAACGGAGGGAAAGAUCGCAGGGAGGGGAAAACGGUUGAGUGACAGUGCAUCGUCACCAGCGCUGCCGUUCCCGUCGCCGUCGCCGCAAGCGGAGGAGACAGGUGGCGUCAACUGGAAGGACUCUGUUCCUGUGGCGAAGGAGUUCCGGAAGUUGUACGGGCUGUUGAGGAUGAAAAGUUGUAAGAAGCCUGAUUCGUUCGAUCAUGACUCCGAGAUGAUCGAACGGUGAUAGAUGUUUCUCUUAUUUUCUUUUCCUAAUUGUUUUUCAACCUCAUUUUUUCAGUUAUAAUUUAUAAAGUCUUUGUCUUGUACGUUUUUUUUCUUUUUUGGUUUAGCGUUUGUCUAAAGAUGAAUAUGUGGUUCAGCUCUCACAAGCUUACGAAUUGUAAAUGAAGAUUAUGAUAAAUUCUAUUAAGUAUAGUUAGAAGAAAGUUUUAGAUAAUGGAUAAAUAAGGUUAAAGUUUGCGGCUC